CUCCUUUUUCCCUUUCAUUCAAUCCAAACACACCAACCCAAUUAACGUUUGCAAGAGAAUAUGGAAGAUCAAAGAACCCCUCUUCUUAAUUGGGCUUACUUCUGCCAAGGAAAGACAAUCGACGAAUUAAGGAAUUCUCUGUUGUGCACUACUGUGGAGCUAGAACAGACCAGAAUGAUAGCUUUAGAGGAGUUGAAGAAAAGAGAUGAGCAAUUAACUCAGCUCGAGGAGUUGCUGAACAAGACAAUUCGAGAAAGGGAUGAAGCUCAGGAGAAAUGUCAAAGAUUUUUCCUUGAGAAACUCUUGAUUCAACAGCAGCAGCAGCUACAAUGGCAACAAAAGCAACAGCAGCAACAGCAGCGGGGUGGUCCUCUGUCUGGGACUUCCAGCGUUGAAGAUGAACCCAGAAGAGGAAUUGACUCCGCCAAUGGAUUCUCCUCCUCGGAUUGUGAAGAAAGCAUUGUUUCCUCUCCUGUUCUCGACCCAAUUCAGCAACCCCAACUCCCACCAGCCCCACCACAGCCUCUGCCACAACCAACCAUGGAAUUGGUCCCUGAAAAGCCGUUGCCCGAAAAGGGAAGGCUUUUGCAGGCAGUGAUGAAGGCGGGUCCGCUCCUGCAGAACCUACUUCUUGCCGGACCACUGCCUCAAUGGAGACACCCACCACCACCACUUGAGUCCUUUGAGAUCCCACCGGUGACCAUUCCUUCACCUCCACCACCGGCCCCACAGCUCCUCCGCCAUGACACCGUGACCACCAUUAACGGCUGCAACACUCUAAACUCCUGCGGUAAAGUGAACAGGAAAAGGGCUUUGUAUGAUGGGUCAGAAUUUCCCACAGAGGCCAAGUUCCAAAGAGUAGUUCUCCAUUGAUUACUAAUUAAGUAGUUAAUACUACUAAUAUUAGUAUUAAUUUUAAUAGUAUUUACCAUUUUAAUUAAUUACUUGGUAAUUUAGAUGGUGGAAUUUGGGUAUGUGACUGAUCCAAAAAUCUAGCAUGCCGUUGUUGUACAGAGGAGGUUGAAGAAGAUGCCCAACUUUAACUCAUUGGAGGAGAUAAAGAGAAAAAGGAGGUUUUGUUUUGCAAUUUGCCAAAUGCUUUUCGGGUGAAGAAGAAGACAUUUUUUUUCUCUUUUUUUCAUCUUCCUUUCCCAUUUGGAUGUAAUGUGAAAGGGGGGGUAGGGGUUGAGGCUUGAGCUUGAUUUCUCUGAAAUUGGGUUUUGGUUAUGGAGGGAGUUGGGAUGUAAAAAUUGUGACCCUUUUAAGAUACCAUUGUACUACUACUCCUGGUAAAGCUUGUUUUAGUGUGGGUUUUGAGUUAAGGGAUUUUUGCAAAAAUUAAAGAAAAGAAAGAAUCCAAGAGAGUGAAGAAGUUGUUCGGGUAAGGCCAACAACCAAGAAGGUCCAAGAGGGAUUGGUUGUCGGGUUUGUGGAACCCACAAAUCAGAACCGGAUCUGUUACUGGUGUGAUGAUAUGUAUUAUUGAUUUCAAUUAUAUUAAUUAAUCCCUUUGGUUGAG